GUAAGUAUCAUAAAUCCGCGGGCGCGCAGAAUGGCAGCCCUACCCAUAAGAACAGUGACUGAACAAGUUAUACAGGUGAAACCGCUGCGCGUGAACCACGUCGGAGAUAAUCUCGUUUUUCACAACCUUUACUGCCUUCAAUUUGCUUCGCGAGACUGAUUCAAACGCCUCGCGAGCCACCUGCCAGCACGGACAUGACUGCACCUAUACCAAAACCCAGAGCUCGCUACAGACUUGAGGCAGGUGUCCAGAAACAGCUGUCUUCAGACAGGGAUCUGUUAAAUGAUUCAUUGGAUGCCAAAACAGCUGGAAUAGUCCCGCAAGAUUAUCUCCAGGAGAAAAAUAAUCCUGUCGCCACAGGAGGUCCUUGCGCUUAUGGUAUCGACAGUCAAGAAAAUGGUGACAAGCCUACUGUACUAAAAGGACCCCCAAAAGUCCAGUCAACUAGCCCUACUCUCCAAACCAGAAAGGCAAUGUGUUUUACAGACAGCGCAGAUGGAAAGCCACUCUCUGACACUCUCCUCCACCCACCACCUUGGCAGAAUCAGAGCCAGGAGGACUCCGCACACUCCCAGCAGAACUGCGGGCUGAUUCCCUCUGCCCCCCCGGAAGACUCCGGGACAGGCGGUGAGGCAGCAGGUGACUCCAGUCAAAACCACUUUGUCUGGCCUGCCACUCCUCCAGCCAGCCCUACCGGCCACCAGGAGUUGGCUGAAUGGGCCACGGAGCCUGGGUAUGACACCAACGACGACGAGUGCCUCACCCCUGGGACUCCAAAGUCAGAAGACGAGGCCACUGUCAGGACUGAAACCAGACAAAGCCCUAAAGAACUGCAGGCUCAAUUGCUUACAGAUGGUAGUUCUCAGGUGUCCAGUGGCCAAGCCAGUGUCACCAGCACUGGACAGCCCCCUCAGCCAGAAAACGGGCCAAUCAUUCUGACCAAGCGAGUGAAGCAGAAGGCUCCCCGAGCCGCCACCAUUCGAGUGAGCAGGAAGAAGCAGGGCCGGACAGAGUCGGGCGUGGGCACUCGCCCUGGCGAGGGGUCCCUCAGGGAGGGCGCGGUGUCCCGCUCCAGCUGGCUGGACGUGUGGCAAGGCCGCAGGCACCACGUGCUGUGGGCCACGUUGGAUGGGCAGCUGAUGUCUCUUUGGAAGAAGCGUACAGACAAGUUCACGGAGAUGGCGUUCCACGUGUCGAGCAUCAGCAGCGUCCGGCCUCAGGAGCGGGCGCGCUUCUCCAUCUACUUCGGCAAGAAGCACAUCGACUUCAUGGCGCACAGCGCGGCUGUGCAGGAGGGCUGGGUCAGCUCCCUCCUCGCCUCCCGCGGGCAGGAGCCCCCGCCCCCGCCCGAGCAGCACGGCCCCCUGGUCAUGAAGGACCCCCGCACCAAGGUGUACGCGGCCAUCCUGGGACACAACCUGUGGAUCUAUCGCAACAAAGAGGACUACGGUUUGGGGCUGGGGAUGACCUACGUGUCGAUGAGCGUGGCGUCGGUGAAGCAGACGGGCCGGCACGGUUUCAGCCUCAUCACCCCCUACAGGACCUUCAGUUUCUCGGCGGACUCCUCCCGGGAGCUGGCGGUGUGGCAGGGCUGCCUGACGCAGGUGAUCCGCAGCGCCCUGUCCUGCAGCGAGGUGGCGCUGCGCAUGUGGGCCAGCCCCUGGAACAAGGUGUGCGCCGACUGCGGCUCGGCCAGCCCCGAGUGGGCCUCCGUCAACCUGCUGGUGGUCAUCUGCGAAGCCUGCGCAGGCCAGCACCGGUCGUUGGGUAUCAACGUGUCCAAAGUCCGCAGUCUGAAGAUGGACAGCAAGGUGUGGACGGAGCCUCUGAUUCAGCUCUUCGUGCUGUACGGGAACAAAGUGGCCAAUGAGAUAUGGGGCCACAACGUGCCCGCCGCCGAGCAGAUCUUGCCGGACGCCACCCCGAACGAGCGCAACGCUUUCAUGAAGGCCAAGUACUGCAAGGGGCUGUACCGACGGGCACACCCUCUGGCCUCCAGCCAGAAGCUGCUCAACCAGAGGCUGUGUGAGGUGGUGUGCGGUGGCGAUAUCCCGGAGACCAUGUCUCUGCUCUGUUCGGGGGCGCGGGUCCUGUGCCACUCUGGGGACCCCCAGUGCCCCUCGCCCAUCGCCCUGGCAGAGCGAGCCGGUCAGGCCAUGCAGACGGAGCUCCUGAGACAUAAUGAGUAUGCAGAGGUCCCUGCAUAUUGCCCAAAGAAGCCAUCUAGAGAGACACUGUCAUCUACCACAGUGCCUGACUCUACCUCUACCGCAGGGAGCCAGGAGGAGCUUCAUGGGAAGCUGGAGGAGGACCGCUUCCUCUUCUCUGAGGAAAACGACUCUGCUGCGUGUGAUGUGCUGGAUCUGAGGGAGGUCAUAUCCAUACUCGACCUCUCCACUGGGGAGACCCAUGAGUUUGAGAUGCUGACACUGACAGACCAGCUGGUGUGCCAGGCUGACACCCGUGAGGCACUGCUGGCACAUCUAACACACAUUCUCAAGGUGGUUCUGCCCGGACCCGUGUCUGAUGAGGAGCUGGAGGGGGUGUUCACGGUGUCCAGAGUCGCCAUGCGGGAGGGAGGCGACCUGCAGCACACUGAGGUUUGGGUGGCCCUCAAGGACAACGAGAUACUCAUCUACCCCACUGGGGGGCGCCAAAAGAACAAGCUUCUACUGACCCCUGACACCGUCUUCAACUUGGACUUGCCUGAGAACACCGUUCAACUGAUUACUGCAGAGAGGACUGUGUCCAUGCAGUUUGAGCGGGACGAGCCCUGCCGCUCCUGGGCCAUGGGGCUGAAGAGGAGACUGCCAGGGCCGGCCCUGCAGGUCAGCCGGCAGGACUCUCUGUACCCCUCCAUGCCCCCUACGGUCAGCGGGAAGGUGCCGCCGGCUGUAGAGAGGUGCAUCUCUCACAUCACACAGUACGGCCUGAAGGUGGACGGCAUUUACCGGCGCUGCGGCAUGGCUACCAAGAUCGGCCAGCUGGUGGCGGCCCUGAGCAGGUCGCCGGGCGCGGCGGAGCUGGAGGCGGACGAGAUGGGCGUGCUGGACACGGCCGGGGCGCUGAAGCAGAUCCUCCGCCAGCAGGUGGUGCUGAUCCCGGGGACGCACAUGGGCUCCUGGGUGGAGGCGGCGGCUUGUUCGGACGAGACCAAGAGGCUGCGCAUGUUCCGCAGGAGUCUGAACGGCCUUCCCCCCGACAACAGAGCCACGCUCAACGCCCUCUGUGAACACCUCUACCUGGUUCAGCUGUACAGCGGUGAGAACCGGAUGACCGCCCAGAACCUCGCCCUGGUGUUUGUGCCCACGCUGUUCCAGGACCUGGCGAUGAACACCAACAUGGUCCGGCUCACCCGCGAACUCAUCAUCCACUACACCCUCAUCUUCCAGGGAGAAGGUGCGCAUGCAGAGGCAGGUCAUGAAGAACUGGUGACUGUUUUCUGAAAUGUAACAAGCACACGACAGGAAGAGAGAAGAGGACUCUUCUGAUCUGCUCAUUACUAGAACUCUGACACAUCAUUUACUCAUCAAAUCCAGUUCAAAUGACAGGACAACAGUAUAGGCGGUAAAGCAUUUAUUUAAAGCUCCACUGAGAUGCCAUUUCCUAAAAUGACAGUGUUUGCUGAAAAUACAUGAGAACCAUAAUUUCAUACUGGUUUCAGUCUUUUUGAUUGAUGGUAAAUAGAUGAUAGUUUACUUAAGGUCAUUUUUGUACUAACUCUUGGUUUUUAUGAAUGAUUAAAUUAUUUUUCAUGGAAUGGUUGUAUUGCCAGCAGAUUAGUUUUAUUUUGGUAGCGAGGCGUUUGAACUGUAGCUGUAUUUACUAUUCAAAACGGGAAAAUUGGGUUUUUUUAUUUUGGGUUUUUUCACCUGAAGCACUUUCUUCAAUAAGACAUGAAACAUAAUGUGAAAUGAGCAAGGGACCUGUAACAUGAACACAAACAUGAGAAAGCUCCAGCAAAUUGAAAGUUAUUUAUUUUCCUGAGUUUGGUUUUUUUGUGCUGUUAUUUGCCUCAUUUGUUUCCAUUUUGUGUACGGAGCAUCUGUACUGUGCUAUAGGUAUUUCUAGUAUUUUAAUGGUAUACAUUAACUCUGUAUGUAUUAUAUGACUAAUGGCCAAUUGUAGAGCGUAUGCAAUCUAAAGGUUUUAGUCAUCUACCCGUGUUUAUAUACGUGAAAUGACACAAAAAAUAAUUAUCACACUUAAUCGCACAUCACGUUCUAUCCACUCACCACAGUUCACACGUGAUUUUAUGGCCUAGUGUGGUGAACUGCACACUGCCUGCAUUAUAACCUGUUUGAUCUAGAUGCAGCCAUUGAAAUGUAAAGCUAGGUUUGUAAUUGCUAAUCAUUCUUUGUAAAAGAAGCAGAGGAUUUUAUACGAAGCAAUAAACCAAUACAAAGUG